CUCCGAUCUUGUCCGAACAACAACCAUCUCCCAUCUCACACAGGUCUGCUCCACUCUUCUUCCUCUAUCAUUUCCAAUGGCAACAGAAACCGUAUCCGAGACAGAGUCAACACAGUUCGAGAAGAAUCGAAAACGGUACCAAGACGUGAUCUCCACGCUAUCUCACGUGAAAGGGUGGAGGCCGAAAGAUCCCCUGAUUGGGUACGGGGGUUAUUGGUGGAUACGGCCUCUCCUUGAAGGUUCCCUUUACGCGCGAGAGUUCUUCAAAGCGCGACCCAGUGACAUCCUCAUCUGUAGCUACCCAAAGACAGGUUCUACUUGGCUCAAAUCACUAGCAUUUGCAAUCGCCAAUCGAUCACGCUUGGAGGAUUCCACAAACCCUCUCUUAAAACAUAACCCUCAUGAGCUUAUUCCUUUCAUUGAGAUCGAGUUCCCUUAUUACCCUCAUAUUGAUUUACUCAAAGACGAAGGGAACACUCUGUUUUCAACUCAUAUGCCACAUGAGUUAUUACCCGACUCGGUUGUGAAAUCGGGUUGUAAGAUGGUUUAUAUCUGGAGAGACCCAAAGGACACUUUCAUCUCCUUUUGGAGUUUCAUCCAAAAGCACAGGUCAGAGCAUGGCCCGCUCAAUGGUCUUGAGGAGUGUUUUGAUAUGUUUUGUAAAGGUUUUUCUCCAAACGGUCCUUAUCUUGAUCAUGUCUUGGCAUAUUGGAAAGCUCACCAAGCGAAUCCAAAUCAGAUUUUGUUCCUUAACUAUGAGACUUUGAGUGCUGAUCCUUUGCCUUAUGUGAAGAUAUUGGCUGAGUUCAUGGGUUAUGGGUUUACAGCUGAGGAAGAGAAGAAUGAGGUUGUUGAGAAAGUUGUGAAUCUUUGCAACUUCGAGACGUUGAAAAAUCUUGAAGCUAACAAAGGAGAUAAAGUGAGAGAAGAUCAUCUUUCUGUUUUUGCAAACAGCGCGUAUUUCAGGAAAGGAAAGACCGGAGAUUGGGAAAAUUAUCUGACUCCAGAGAUGGCAGCUCGUAUGGAUGUAAUAAUGGAAGAGAAGUUCAAGGGUACUGGGUUGCUUGAAAAUGGUGAAUGAGGUAGUCCUUGUUCGGGGGAAGCGACUGAUCCUCGUAUGCUUGUUUAAAGCAUAAAUUUAAGAAUCACUUUAAUUAUAUAUGUACUACUUUACAUGUUGGAUAAAUAAAACUUGUUUCUGUUUCAUGUCAAUGUAUUGUGUAAGAAAAAUAAAGGAAUUGGCUUUGGGGAAAAU